AAGCAAGCACCAACCAACGAAACCUCUCGUUUGUUUAAAGUGAUACUAGUAGCGAUUCAUCUAAUCAGUCGUGUCGCGAGUGCAGAAAUUUCUAGCCAGCGAAAAAAAUAACCUUUGAGCUAACUAGGUUUGGUGGAACUUUGCAAAACCCGUUCUUAAAGUAUUUUUCAAAAGGUUUUGAUAGUGUUUGAAAGUGCUGCAUACCACAUUUCGUUAUUGAAUCCAAGUUACUGUCGUAAUCGUCAGCAGAAGACGAAAUUGUGCAAAGUGAGAAAUAUGGCGAUAUGAAGUGGAAAAUCACACGAGUUUUGCUCUUUAACCAGUCGAGCAGUGUGACGAAGCAGGGCGAAAAACGCAAUAAAGCAGAAUAAAUCGCAUACUUUGUGGCUCUGGGGAGCAGCAUAAAAUCGAAAAAUAUGUGACAACCAGUUGUGAAUAACCAUCAUUGAUUGAAUCGAAUAAAACUAAAUAUUCUUGUGAAGUUUGCUAAAUGAAAAAUUAAUCAACUUGAUUGUGUAAACAAAGAAUUGUGUAAAGUGACGUAAUAAAUUGUACAAAAAUCACAUCAGCAAUAUACGGAUUACAGGCCUCGGGAAAAUAAGAACUACAAACGAACAUACAACUAAAAACAUACCAAAUACCAUGGAUGCCAAAGCAGCUGCAACAGCAACUUCGCCGUACCCGGCUACUCCGCCAUAUUCUAAAGGGAGCACGCGGUCUGCCCAUCAGUAUUUCAGCUUGAGAUGGAACAAUUACCAGUCGAACAUGACAUCAGUUUUCCAUGAACUUUUGGAAACACAAUCAUUCGUUGAUGUCACUUUGGCAUGUGAAUAUAACUCUUUGAAGGCUCAUAAGGUGGUUCUAUCAGCGUGCUCUGCUUAUUUCCAAAAAAUUCUUUUGGACAACCCCUGCAAGCAUCCAACAAUAAUUCUCCCGUCAGACAUUCUUUUUUCGGAUUUGCAGUUCAUUAUCGAGUUCGUUUACCGCGGAGAAAUCGAUGUAUCGGAAGCUGAGCUACAGAGUCUCCUCCGAACAGCAGAACAACUGAAAAUCAAAGGGCUGUGUGAAGUAACUGAACCACAGUACGAACAGGACUACUCACCGUCCAUCAAACGUUACAAGCCCUACCGCUCCCGAUCGCCAGACAAUCGCCAUCCACCGCCCCCGCCAGGAAGCUCCCAGUCGACUUCUAAUGCACGAAACAACAGCUCUUCAUCCUCGCAAAGCAACGUAAACCAAAGUGCACAAGAUUCCAAAAGUGGCCAUAAGUCUUCAUCAGGCAGAAACCAUAGUAAUAACACGGAUUCGGCUGCGGCUGAUAAUGGAUCAUCACCUGUAGUUGUAUUGGAAUCACGUGAUUUAAGUUCGACAUCAGGAAAAGAAGGAAAAGUCAAAAUGACCAGCCUAGGAAUGGGUGUCGGAAUAAACGGAUCCGUUAUGGGUGUUCCAAUGGGUUAUUUGGACUUUGCCCCAGAACCUCCUGCGCCAACAGCAACGCCAGUGACAGAACAUGUUGAUAUUAAUUGUGCUCCAAGCCAUGAUACACGUGAUCUGUCUAGUAAGUACUCCAUCCCGAACAAUGGUGGCGACAUACGCGUAAAAUUUGAAACGUUACGAUCACUCGAUCCACAAGAUGCUAUCCAGCUUGAUAACUCAGGUACACAUCAGAUCCACCAACAACAACAGCAACAACAACAGCAACAGCAACAACAGCAGCAGAUUCAGCACCAGCAGAUUCUGCAUCAGUCACAGCAACAGCAUUUACUGCAGCAGCAACAGGUGCAUCGGCAGACACCGCAGCCGGAACAACGCAUGUCUCCCCAUCAGAUCACAAUCCAGCAAGCUCCUCAACAUCAGCAGCACGUACUGCUCAUUGAUCAGCAGUCACAACACUCCCAGCACUCUACCCACAGUCCUGCAUCUAAUGCUUCCAGUUCAUCUAGCCAACACCAUCCGGAAAACCUGGUCACAGUAACUUCGACUGACAACGGGCAACCCGUAGAAAUUAAAACUAGUAUACACAUGAAACAAGAGAUUAUGAAUGAAAAUGAGCAACAACAGCAGCACCAUCAACAGCAUCAACAGGUCGAGAUCGAGCAGGAUCAGUCCUCGAUGCACGGAAUGGUAGUCACACCAGAAAUAUCCGGAAUCAUGAAUCAGAGCCAAAUGAGUGACAUCUACCAAUCGGAUGCUAGCGAAGAUUCCAAAAUUGGCAUUUUGGACGGAUCAGCGACUCAGUAUACGAAUCUAACCAGUCCAGGUACCGGUGAUCCCAAAACUCCUAGCGGACCAAAAACAUGGACAGCCGAAGACAUGGAAUCUGCCCUGGAAGCAUUGCGCACGCAUAACAUGAGUCUGACAAAGGCAUCCGCUACAUAUGGAAUACCAUCGACAACGCUCUGGCAACGAGCGCAUCGACUCGGUAUCGAUACCCCCAAAAAGGAAGGUCCGUCCAAGACGUGGAACGAAGACUCUUUGAACAGCGCCCUGGAGGCACUCCGCAGUGGCACCAUCUCGGCCAACAAAGCAUCCAAGGCAUUUGGCAUACCGUCUUCCACACUGUACAAGAUUGCCAGACGCGAGGGAAUACGAUUGGCGGCGCCGUUCAACGCUGCCCCGACGACUUGGUCUGCGGAGGAUUUGGAUCGUGCCUUGGAAGCUAUCCGCGCCGGACAAACUUCGGUGCAGAAGGCAAGCACAGAGUUCGGUAUUCCAACCGGUACGCUGUACGGCCGAUGCAAACGGGAAGGAAUUGAGCUGUCGCGAUCGAACCCUACACCCUGGUCGGAGGAUGCAAUGAUGGAAGCCUUAGAAUCUGUGAAGCAAGGACACAUGUCGAUAAACCAAGCUGCCAUUCAUUACAACCUGCCCUACAGUUCACUGUACGGUCGGUUCAAGCGUGGCAAGUAUGACACGCCGAGCAACGUAAAUCAAGUGCACCAGAAUCACGGCGGGGGUGUCAUAGGUGGAGGGGGCAAUGUUGGUGGUAUGGGUGGCAUCGGAGGCAACGUCGUAUCGUCCGCGGUGACUAUGGCCGGUGUGACCAGCAGUCCGCAGAUGGAAUUUAAGAUAGAACCUCACCAUAAUGAACAUAGUCCAGAAAAUACGGUAAAUUACAGUUAUUAUUAAUUUGAAACGUAAAAAGUAAACCAACUAGCGUGUAGAAACCACUCAGAACCACUCUCAACUUUCCCAGUAAUCAUUUUCUCAGUAGAAUAU